UUUGGCAAAAGAAUGUCUAUCUGCCUAAUGACUGGUGUCGUCUACCAAAUAGGAGGGUUCGCAGUCAAAUAAAACUCUACGUCUCUACACUUGCCUCGUCCUCUGUUGGUUUACCGGACAGCAAAAGAACCCAGAGUGAGGUCAAGGUUCUAACAACAUCCUCAAUGAAGUUUUAGCUCGUUAAAUUCCAGCAAUACUCCCAACACACACUCGGGGCUCUCAAGCCUUAGCUCUCGCCAACCUACUCUACAGAAUUAGGCAGCCAGCCACUCAGUUGCUUCAACACAAGCUCACCCGAUGGAUACACAGCACUUCAAACUAUAUGAAUUCCAGAGGCCGGAAAUCUAACACCUCAGCCCCUGCCUGACCAUCAGGGUAGUGAGUGACCGUGACGGUUUGUUGCCAUUUCCACUGGUCACACAGAGCUGAAUGCUGUUCAUUUCUUUCCAGAGAGCACAAUGACAGAACGCUUUGACUGCCACUACUGCAAAGAGUCCCUGCUUGGGAAAAGAUACAUCCUCAGGGAGGAGAACCCCUACUGUGUGAAGUGCUAUGACAGCCUUUAUUCUAAUACCUGUGAAGACUGCAAGAAACCAAUUGCUUGUGACAAUAAGGACUUGUCUCACAAGGACCGGCACUGGCAUGAAGCCUGCUUUCACUGCUUCCAGUGCAAACAGUCUCUCGUGGAUAAGCCUUUUGCUGCCAAGGACGAUCAAUUGCUCUGCACUGAUUGUUAUUCCAAUGAAUACUCCUCUAAGUGCCAUGAAUGCAAGAAGACCAUAAUGCCAGGAACUCGAAAGAUGGAACAUAAAGGAAGUAGCUGGCAUGAGACUUGUUUCAUUUGUCACCGCUGCCAACAGCCAAUGGGCACAAAAAGCUUCAUCCCAAAAGAAAAUGAAAAUUACUGCGUGCCUUGCUACGAAAAGCAGUUUGCCAUGCACUGCGUUCAAUGCAAAAAGGCCAUUACUACUGGAGGAGUUACCUAUCGUGAUCAACCCUGGCACAAGGAGUGUUUCCUCUGCACAGGAUGCAAAAAUCCAUUGGCCGGUCAGCGAUUUACCUCCCGAGAUGAGUUUCCAUAUUGCCUGGAUUGCUUCUGCAGCCUCUAUGCCAAAAAAUGUGCUGGUUGUUCUAAUCCGAUCAGUGGCCUUGGAGGGACCAAGUACAUCUCAUUUGAAGAGCGGCAGUGGCACAAUGAUUGUUUCAACUGCAAGAAAUGCUCCAUAUCACUGGUGGGCCGUGGUUUCCUCACAGAGAGAGACGACAUCCUUUGCUCUCAGUGUGGAAAGGAUUUGUGAGAGCAACACAAAGGAUUCAAUGGUGGUUAUGAAUGCAGCUGUACUACAAACAAUAAUAAUAAUCCUAGCAUUUAAACAGCGCCUUAUUAUGUCAU